UCUGAAACGCCAUUUUCUUUGUGUGCAGUCGAAGCAGUCGCAUCGUUUAGCUCCCUAUCUUCAAAAUUUCAAGUGAUUUUAAGGAAAUUUCUGCUUCUCGAUUCGGCGAAUUGACUGAUAUUUCGUGUUCGCUCAUAAAUCGAUAUUUUGCGAAGGGACGUUCUAGUAUUCAGAAAUAUCCUAAAGUUCAAGAUCGCGUGUUGACAGGUUUCAGAGCCUUACUAUUGAGUUACUUUGUCUACCAGCUUGAAGCAGAGUUGCAGUAAGUGCGUUCUACUUCGAGGAUGUUAUUGACUUUGUAGUCGAGAAAAUUUGGAUUUUGUCGUCGUUUUGUGAACGCCAGUUUGAUUAAAAGAAGUAGCAAAAUGGCGUCUCGCAAGAAAGUACUACUAAAAGUAAUCAUCCUGGGAGACUCAGGCGUUGGAAAAACGUCGUUGAUGAAUCAAUACGUAAACAAAAAAUUCAGCAACCAAUACAAAGCUACUAUUGGUGCUGAUUUUCUUACUAAAGAAGUUAUGGUUGACGAUAGGAUAGUUACUAUGCAGAUUUGGGAUACUGCGGGACAGGAAAGAUUCCAAUCGCUCGGAGUAGCAUUUUACAGAGGUGCCGACUGUUGUGUUCUUGUUUUCGACGUCGCAGCACCAACUUCCUUCAAAUCCUUAGAUUCAUGGAGAGACGAAUUUUUAAUACAAGCAUCGCCAAGAGAUCCCGACAAUUUCCCGUUUGUUGUUCUUGGAAAUAAAGUCGAACUUGAAAAUAGAGCCGUAUCCACGAAGAGAGCUCAACAGUGGUGUCAAUCCAAAAACAAUAUCCCAUAUUUCGAAACAAGUGCAAAGGAAGGAAUUAACGUUGAGCAAGCUUUUCAAACGAUAGCAAAAAACGCUCUAGCCCAAGAGAGUGAGGUGGAAUUCCCAGAAUUUCCAGACCAGAUUAAACUCACCAGCGACCAAAGGAACAACGGAAAGGGGGAUUCAUGUGCUUGCUAGGUACCGAUUAAACGUAAAAAAAAAUAAUAAUAAGUUUUGGACGUGUAUGUUAAGAAAGCGCAGUUUGGAUAAUACAUUAAGAAUCUCUGCGUAAAAUUUUUGCAACAGGCACUGCAAUCGCUGAAGCUGGCUAAAUUCCAGCGACUGUACCUCAGUUUAUACUUUCCUAUCUUUCAUCUGACCACUUGCGUUGCGAUUGAAACGGAUAUACUCAGAUCGUUUCGAUCAUUGUUGCCAAUUUCUACACACUGUGUCUGACGACUAUCGAAUGGAGCAAUAAUAAAGACAGAUUACUGUAAAUGGACCACAGAGAUUUAGAAAAUAAUCUCCGAGUGAAGGAAGUAAUCUAAUCGCGCUGUCCAAUUUCUGAAAAAUUAGAAACUUCACUGUUAACGACGCGGAUCUUCUUCUCUAUGAGGAGGAAUCAUUCAAUUCCAGACGCAGAUAGUGUUUUGUAAUUGUUUAUUAGUUCGAAUGAACCACAGCCCUUUUUUUGUACGACGUGGUUUACUUAGCAAUGAUUUCUUAUACUUUACUAAUUUUAAGUAGUAAAGAUCACUUUCAAGAGUGAGAUCCACAUAGGCUUAAUCGAUUUAUUAUGCGUUCGUAACUAUUUUUAUCAGUACUAUUGGGUGAUUUAUAAUAAUCUAUUGAGAUUUUUAUUGCAUCGUUAGAAAGAUUAUUAUUAAGGGAUAAGGUACACUUAUGUGCAUGCAAUUAAGAAGUUUCAUCGGAAUAUAAAAAUAAACAGAUUUUACAGAGCUAAGCUCAUAACCAUGUAAAAUAAUUGAUUGGAAGAAAUGAUUUUUAACAGUGACAACGUGACCGGAACAUUUAUCACUAUUCGGUUGUUGUAGUUGAGUGACUGUUACAGUUGCAGAAAGAAAUCUAUCGUAUUAUAACUCCAAA